CUCAGGUAACAGCUGAGUCGUGUGAUACGAGAACGUCGAGCGAACGAAGCUUGUACGUAAAUUACCUGAUAAUCUAUACGUUAUUGGCUUGGCAACGCCCGUGAAGAAUACGUCAGGUCCGUAUACGUAUUCCACGCGGCCGGCACACUUAUAUCAGACUCAGUUAAUUGCGGAGAAGAUCGAGUACGUUUUUGGCGAUGUUAUACUUAUAUCCGAUCAUUGCCUAGUUGUUAUCAAACUCGUUGAUUUGUAUAUUCGCAUUGAGCGCGCAGUGCAGUGCCGUCAUCGGACGGGUCGCGGCAGGAUGUUGUCGUUGGAGCAAUUGUCACAAAUGGUGAAGGAACACCUCGGACUAUGUGACUACAUUGACGGCACACAAUAUACAUGUAAAUGGGCUAUCAAUGAGUCGCCCUUAAGUGGUCGUGGCCUCAUCGCCACCGAAGACAUAAUGCCUGGAGAAGUGUUGUUCGUGGACCGGCCUCUCAUCUAUGGACCACGAGCUAGUUCCAACGUGGAGCAAGGAUGUACGGUUUGCGCUAAGCUAGACAGUGAUUCAUUUUACAAGUGUUCAAAGUGCUCAUUAUUGUUGUGCUCAGAACAGUGUCAGAAUAAUGAUGGUCAUUUAAAUGAUUGUUCGAUAAUUUCUCGUUGGAACCUCAAGAAACCAGUCGAGGAUACCGAUGGCAACGUACUGUCUCGCGCAUUAACUCCAAUAAGGGCCCUUAUGUUAAACAAUGACCAAAAAGUGUUCAUGAGUUGCAUGCAAGCACACAAUUCACCACAACACGGACAUGAAAUUCGCAAGUUGAAACAAUACUAUGAGAUACCCGAGGAGGAAGAAGAGCUGAUGAUGUCAGCUUGUUGUGCACUAGACACUAAUGCGUUCCAAAUAGCCACUCCGUACGGUAAAAAGGAAAUGAGCAUGCGCGGAUUGUAUCCUGUGUCAGGAUUGAUGAAUCACAAUUGUGUACCAAACACGAGAUACUACUUUAAUAGUGACCUACAAAUGACGGUUAAAGCUGUUAAACCUAUACGAGCGGGAACUGAGAUAUUUUCAUGUUACACUGGAAUUUUGUGGGGAACGCCGGCUCGUCGAGUAUACCUGUAUAAAACAAAACACUUUCUAUGUAAAUGUGACCGUUGUUCUGAUCCCACCGAACGAGGAACCCUCCUCGGAGCUCUGAAAUGUUUCUCGAAUCAGUGUUCUGGAUACAUACUACCGAUAGAUCCUCUUAGAACAUCGAGUGCUUGGCGAUGUUUGCAAUGUGAAAUGCGAGUGCCCAAUGAAAACAUUUGUGCCAUUCAGGGGGCUCUCGGAAGUCUCAUGGGGACAUUGAACUUUGACAAUGUGCGAGACUUAGAAAGUUUUUUAGUUGAUAGAAUAACAAAAUAUAUCCCGAAAACGAAUCAAAUUGUGAUCGAUCUUCAGUGUCGUCUGAUAGUGGCGUUUGGGGAAGCCGAAGGAUAUCGCUGGCACGCAAGUGCGCUCAUCAAACGCGGUAACGACCCGACGUCAUACGGACUGACUGAUGGAUAUCUAAAAAUAAGUCGCCCAAGUUUAAUAGGUAGGUUUUAA